GUUUUUUUUCUGUAUCACCAUCUUGAUUUUCUCGACUCUUUGGUUGUUUACAUAAUCUGAGCUGCUGACUCCACUGGUUCUCAAAGUUCUGACUCACACUGUGAACUUUGAUUCAGUCUGGUUUUUGUUUUUUUUUCUAGGUCGAACCGGAACAUUUUGGUGGUAGAACCGGGUCAAAGUUCACAGUCGGAUCACCGCAGAGGACAGGUGAGCAGCUGCUGCUUUACGCGGACAGACAGCUGGCUGUGGUUCUGCUGUUCUGUCUGAGGAAAGAUUGGGUUCGUGUAAAAUGUUUGGUAUCAUUUGAUCAACCGGAUCCUCUCUGGGCUGCUGUCCGGAUCAGGUUUGCUGCUCAGACUGCAGUGACGUAGGAAAUCAAACUUUUUAUUCCAGCUUGGGUUUAUUUUCUGUCAUAUUCAGCUGAUUAGAUGAUGGCGAACCCUCUGAGGGCUGAGGUGGUUCGACUCUACAAGAACCUCCUCUACCUCGGCCGGGAGUACCCCAAAGGUGGUGAUUACUUCAGGGACCGGCUUAGAGCGGCGUUCACCAAGAACAAGUCUGUGGAGGACCCGGAGCAGAUCAAGGCCAUGAUCGCCAGGGGGGAGUACGUGGUGCGGGAGCUGGAGGCGCUCUACUACCUGAGGAAGUACAGAGCGAUGAAGAAGCGUUACUACGAGGAGUAAAAACGCUCUGGAGAGACUCGAACCCAAGAAAAUGAAACAUUUUAUUUGUUGUAAAAAACAAAAAACAGAACAAACUGGAGGAGCUUCAGCAUCAAACAUGGAAGAAAUAAAAACGUCCAAAACAACUUAAUCAGUAAUUCUUUCUAAGACAUCCAAGAGUUCCCUGUUAGGAUGUAGGCGGCACCA